AUGGAUAUGGUAAAUGUGAAUGAAACGGUUAAAAUAGACAGAUCACAUUGUUUGGGAAAGAGAAGAAAUGAGCCAAGUAAACCUCAACCAAUAAUAGUUAAAUUUAAUUAUCAUCAGGACUGGGAAUUUGUUAGACUUAAUGCUAAAAAUCUGAAAGGCACAAACUUUGGCAUAUCUGAACAGCUUCCCUCAGAG